UACUAAUUUCUAUUGACUUUCUAUAGAUAAUCUUGAAAUUUUAUCAUGGCAAAUUUAUAUGCAAACUUAGUUUUUAUUUGUGCAAUACUUGUGGCCAUAGCACCUGGAUACAAAUUUGAUUGCAAGAUGACAUUCGAGCAAUUAGACGAAUGUGUAGAGCACGCCAUGUUUAUCGGUAAUCGUAACGCCAUAGUGCCGACCAAUGAGGCCGAAAUGGAUCAGCACUGCAACACAAUCAAAGACGGUAUCUCAUGCGCCCGCGACUACGCAUCUACCUGUGUAACCGGUUUCCCGCAACAGGUGACCGGUAUGGUACUGACCAAUGUUGGACAACUGAUGGAGAAACGAUGCGGUACACCGAAAGAAAGGGCAGAGUUUUUAGAAAAUGUCAAAUGUUUUAUACCCAGUGCUGAAAAAAUGAAACCAUUGCACGACUGUUUUGACAAAAAUAUUAAGAUCAUGGAGUUGGCCAGUCAGCUCAAUGCCGACGACCCGCAUAUGGCCUUUGUUUGCUGCGGUCAUCAUCUGUUCAAACAGUGUAUUGUUCAAAACACUGCAAAGAUUUGCAGCAGUGGUCACGCAGACUAUUGGGAUGACGUGUUUGAUGAAGUGGCCUCUGAGGUUAUAGCGUUCGCGUGCGGCGACUUUGACACUGUCAAUGUUUGCCAAAAUAAAAUGGAUCCGAAAUACUGGAGCCAAUUGGCAACCAUUGAUUCGGCAACUGAUCCAGCCGUAUGGCACCAUAGUUAUAAAACACCCGUUAAAUUUAUGUUGGAUAUGAUACACAAAUUUCAUAUGGAUGGAUAAAUUUCUACAUAAGCUAGACUAC